UGUUGACUGCUUUCUAGGGACAGAUGAUAUAUAUAUUUAGAAAAGAGAGUGAUAUGUACGCACAAGAAAAGCCGCGUGAGUUCCGCCUCUGCUCUCCACCACCUCGCAUGACUGCAUGUCCGUCACAGUCAGUAUAGUCUUUGCAGAUGCCUAAACUGUGUACCUUAAAACCCUCCAUUUCCUCUACAUUUUUGCUUUGAUUUUCUUUUGUGGAGUCGUGGUUUCAGUGUUGAAGAAAGUUGUAGAGACUCUCCAUCUUCUUCGUCUCUGCAGAACAGCACACUCGCCUUUUUGGCUUCCCUUCCUGCAUUGAUCACUCUUUGUCUUUUUGGCAUGGAUUUUUUUUCCCUCAUCUUGGGGUGAUAGGUUCUCAAGUACUACUACCUUCAUAGCAUUUGGAGAUAUAUUGGCAAUGUCAAAUCUCAAAGACGGAGUUGAAGACAAGGAUAUCGAUUUUAAUUGGGGAACUAAAGGAGGCGUUGGUGUGAAAAAUAAGGACACGCAGUUCUAUGAAUCAUUUAGCUAUGGGGGUAUAGAAUAUUGUCUUUAUGACACUGCAUUCUUUCACGUCGAUGGUCAUCCUGAGGCUUCCAUUGGUAAAAUUGUGCAAAUAUAUGAUAAGCCGGAGUAUGGAAAGAUCAUAAAGGUUGUCUGGUUUUUCCGUCCUUGUGAAAUACGUAAUUUUUUGGGAGAUUAUGAACCACGCUGGAAUGAGGUAUUUCUAGCUUGUGGUGAGGGCAAAGGACUUUCCAACCGCAAUUAUUUGGAAUCAAUUGUUCAGAAAUGCAAUGUUGUCUGCACAUCAAAUGAUAGGCGAAAUCCUAAGGCUUCUGAAAAAGAGUUGAAAGUAGCCGACUACUUCUUUUACCGUACUUUUGAUGUUGGAAAGUGCACUUUAUCAGAGGACUUUCCAGAUUCCAUCGCAGGAAGUAAAGUGGAAAACUUUUUCAACCGGAGAAAAGGCGAUUUCACCUAUGUCAAGCAGGAUGUUAAAAUAUCUACUGGAAAUCCAAAUCCUUCUUCACAAUUUGAACUAGACAAAGCAGUUCGUCAUGAAGUCAGAGAAGGCAAGGCUUGCAGCAGAAUUAAUCAGGAUGAGAAAGGAUCAUGGAGAACUGCAACCAGUAUGAGCUCAAGAAGACAGCUUGUGGAAGGCAAUAGUAAAUUGAGGCCUAAUGUUUGUGUCGAAAAAGAGAGAACUGGACAUGAUAGAACUACAUUCUGCAAAGACAAGGUUAAAAUGAAAUUUUCUGAACAUCAGCCUCGUGCAAGUGCAUUAGAUAGCCGGCCCAUUAAAAAGAGGAAGCAUCUUCUGGAUGAGAGGGAAGGCAUGGAUUCUGACCGCACAGCUUCUCAACCUGCAAAGGACAGGAUCAUUCAAACUGACACAAAAUUUAUAGAGGUCAAUAAAAGACCUGACACUGAUAGAAGUAACUGGUUCCAACAACUACCUUGGGAGGAGAGGCUGCAGAGAGCUGAGGAAGCUGGAUCUCUGGUUGUACUUGAGAAUUUUGAUCCAUCUUUUACAUCAUUAGAAGUAGAGGAGUUAGUUUGGCAUGCUCUUAAUGAAAAGGUUCAGGCAAAGAUAAUACAACGUUGUACUUUUGCUAGUCCGCACUAUGGUAAAGCUUUUGUAAUAUUCAAAUCAAAAUUUGCAGCUGAGUCAGCAUUAGCUGAGUUAAGAAAGAGAUGCCUGAUGCUGUCAGAUGGGAGAGUGGUUGUUGGAAAGAGGGGAACUAUAUGCAGUCCUAGCAAACAAACCGGCUUUGUUGGCCAUAUGGUCUGUGACAUAUCUAAGCUUCAAAGACAGCAUGAAGAAAUGAGAACUGCAAUAUCAACUUCUCACUGCUCGCAGCCCAAUACUAUUGAGUAUGAUCUGGCAAUGGACUGGUGUCUAUUACAAGAGAAGUCAGACUUGUGGUGGGAGAGAUUACAUAAGCAACAAGCAAAGGAGAUACAAGACCUUAGAAGCCGGCUAAAGACAACUGUAAUGAAUGUAAAAAACAUCAAAACCCAGCACGAUAAUCUUACGAGGACAUGAUCAUGUUUCCGGCUAUUCUCAUUAUAUUAAGCCAU